AUGUUUUCUGCAUCCGUUCAAACUGUUAAAUCCUCUAGAUAUACACUAUACCGUCAACUUCGUUGUUUCUCGCAACUACCUCUUUCCGUUAACAUCAAAUUACCUAACGGUCUAGAAUACGAACAGCCAACCGGUUUAUUCAUCAACAAUAAAUUCGUUCCAUCUGUACAACACAAGACUUUCGAAGUCAUAAACCCAUCUACCGAAGAAGAAAUUUGCCACGUUUACGAAGGUAGGGAAGACGAUAUCGAAAUCGCCGUGGAGGCAGCCUCAAAGGCUUUUGAAAACGGCUCCUGGAGUAAGAUCGAUCCAAUCAAGAGAGGUGAGGCACUAUAUAAACUGGCUGAGUUCAUCGAAAAGGAUAAGGAAAUCGUCGCCUCCAUCGAGUCCCUGGACAACGGGAAAGCUAUCGCCUCUGCAAGGGGCGACGUCCAGUUGGUCAUCAACUACUUGAAGUCCGCUGCAGGGAUUGCUGACAAGAUCGACGGUAGAACCAUAAACACGGGCUCCACCCAUUUCUCCUACACAAAGAGACAGCCAUUGGGGGUCUGUGGUCAAAUCAUCCCGUGGAACUUCCCUCUAUUAAUGUGGGCUUGGAAGAUUGGUCCAGCUUUAGCCGCAGGUAACACCGUGGUAUUGAAGACCGCAGAAUCCACUCCAUUAUCUGCUUUGUACGUUUCCAAAUAUGUCGCCAAGGCCGGUAUCCCACCCGGUGUCGUUAACAUCGUCUCUGGAUUCGGUAAGAUCACCGGUGAGGCUUUGACUACCCACCCAAAGGUCAAGAAAAUCGCUUUCACCGGCUCCACUGCUACUGGUAAACACAUCUACCAAAACGCUGCUAGGUCUUUAAAGAAAUGUACUUUGGAAUUGGGUGGGAAAUCCCCAAAUAUUGUUUUUGCAGACGCAGACAUGUCUAAGGCCGUCCAAAAUGUCAUCACUGGUAUCUUUUAUAACUCUGGUGAGGUCUGUUGUGCAGGUUCAAGAGUCUACGUAGAGGAAAAAGCUUAUGACGAUUUUAUCCAAGAACUUAAGACCAGCAUAGAAAAUUUGAGGGUUGGUAACCCAUUUGAUGAGUUAACUUUCCAGGGUGCCCAAACUUCUCAAAUGCAAUUGGAAAAAAUUUUGAAAUUCAUUGAAAUUGGUAAGGAGGAAGGUGCUACCAUUAUCACCGGUGGUGAAAGAUUAGGCGAUAAGGGUUAUUUCAUUAAACCAACCGUCUUUGGUAACGUCACAGAGGACAUGAGAAUUGUCAAAGAGGAAAUUUUCGGUCCUGUGGUCACCGUCACUAAAUUCAGAACCGUUGACGAAGUCAUUAAGAUGGCUAACGAUUCAGAAUACGGAUUAGCUGCUGGUAUUCACACUUCCAACAUUAACAAUGCAAUCAAGUUGUCAGAAAAUAUCAAUGCCGGUACUGUUUGGGUUAACACUUACAAUGACUUCCAUCAUAUGGUUCCAUUCGGUGGGUUCAAUGCCUCUGGUUUAGGGAGAGAAAUGGGUCUUGAAUCAUUAGAUAACUACACUCAAGUUAAAGCUGUCCGUAUGAAGAUCGACUGA